AUGGCUUCUAAUAUCGCAUUAAGGUCUUACGUCGACGGGAGUAGCGAGGCGAGACGAUCUCGCGGCGGUGCCGUAGACGCGGGUGUAUUCUCUCUGUCUAGUAUUAAGGCGGCCUUGAAUAGGAGCAUUAAUAGCGAGACUUCGACGGCCGGCUCCGUUGACGAUAGCAUGACUCCGCCACGCUUUGCUACUGGCACUAGCCACCCGCCCACGAUAGAUAGUGUCGUCGCCGGUGAGUGCGCUAGUGUCGCGGUGGAGGAUAGGUCGCCGCGAGCAUCUCGUUCACGCACGAUAGACGCAUCGUCUCUAGCAAAAUCGGAGCGGGGCGACAGCGUCGCAUUCGGAGGAAGCUUGCGGACAAUGGCCUCGAGGUCCCUCGGCCUCAUGGGCCAGACAUGCCUCGUAGGCGCUUUCGUCUGCCCGGAAGAUGCAGCGGACUUUUCUUCGGCGGCACUCCGUGCAGCUUUUGGUGCCGAGCCGCAUGCGCUUUGA